AUGGGGAAUGGAGACAAAAAGGCGGAAAUCCAGAUGCCUCAUUGUUUUGGAGCCAAAGAAUUAUGGGACCAAGUGAGACAGGUCACAUACGAAGACGUAGUCAGAUACUUCUAUCAACCCACGGACCCUUCAAGCUUAGGGAUCAUACGAUUUUUUUUCGGGUUGUUGAUGUUGAUGGACUUGUUGGAAGAGAGGGGCGGUGCAGAUAUAGACCUCAGAUGGGGGAAUCCCAAGGACUGUCAUUUUCCAUUGUUUCCGGUUUUGGUGAAUCCUGGUUUCCCAUGGAUUUCCAUCAUGUAUUUCUUCAUGUGGCUAGGUGCUCUUGGAAUUAUGUUGGGCUUAAAAUUCAGAUUGAGCCUAUUUUUAUUCGGUAUUUCUUAUUGGUACAUUUUGUUGCUUGAUAAAUCUUUCUGGAAUAACCAUAGCUACCUUUUCGGGGUUCUUGUUAUUUUGUUAGCAGGAUCUUCUGCCAAUCACUUUGGUUCACUAGAUGGCUACUUUGAUCCAUCGAAGAAAAAUAAGCAUGUCCCAUAUUGGAACUAUUUCAUAUUGAAAUACCAGUUUUUCAUGCUAUAUUUCUUGGCUGGCCUCAAAAAAACUGACAUGGAAUGGUUACAGGGUUAUUCCAUGAGCAAUCUAGGACACCACUGGGUAUUUUUACCCUUCAGAUAUUUGCUAUCUUCAGAUCAAAUCGACUACCUGAUCGUUCAUUGGUUCGGAUUUUUGCUAGAUUUGACGAUAGGUUUUUGGCUACUUAUCGAAUUUACUCGUCCAGUGGCAAUGUUUUUUUGUGCUGCUUUUCAUUUAAUGAAUUCAAGAUUGUUCAGUAUUGGAAUGUUUCCCUACGUAUGUUUGGCAACAAUGCCUCUGUUUUGUGAGGAAACAUGGCCAAGAAAACUCCAAACUCUUCUGUCGAUAGAAUAUUCCCCACCAACACCAUCCCAAUCUUGUAUUUACCGUAAAGAACAGAUAGAAGCUUACAUAAAAGUAGAGAAGUCUCACAAAAGUGAUUGUAUCAGGGAUAAAGUAACGUGGAAGCACAAAAUGGUCGUGGCUCUCUUGAUGUGUCACUGCGGACUUCAAGUGUUUCUACCCUACUCACAUUUCAUCACCAAGGGGUACAACAACUGGACCAAAGGUCUCUACGGUUACUCCUGGGACAUGAUGGUUCACUCCUGGAACACUGUCCUCGUGGUAGUCAAAGUUGUGGACAACGAUACAGGGCGUGAACAUUUUGUCGAUUCGGAGGCAUGGACGCUCAACGAAAGAUGGAGCAAACAUGCCGAUAUGUGCUUACAAUAUGCCCAAUGUUUGAGGAGGAAUCUCAUUGGGAACCUCAAAGAACAAACUAAUAGUGAGUUAACCACGAACCAGAUUACCUCUGAGAAUAUAUCAAUAUUUCUUGACGUUUGGUGUUCUCUGAACAAGAGGUUUCAGCAGAGGAUGUACAACCCCCAAUACGAUUUGCUGAAUGCCAAUUGGUCACCGUUUCAGCCUGUGGAAUGGCUGCUACCAGUACUUUCUGAAUAUAAUGAUUUCAGAAAAACUAUGGACGACAUCAGUGAAGAAGUUUAUAGCUGGUCAAAUUUCAGUGACGUACUUUUUAUUGCGGAUUUUCCAGGGCUCUAUUUGGAGAAUUUCAUCAACGAUGAUCUGCGAAAUGUCACGCUGACAGUUCUGGAGGGUGCAGUGGCUUACGAAGUUGAAGAGGAGUCCGAACUGCAGUCUACAGGGGUCAAGUUGAGAAAAGGUGAUAGUGUGCCGAUCGAAGUCGGACUGUUCCACAAAAUCCACACGAUCAGUGAAACGCCAUCUAUUUAUAUGUAUACUUUCACAAGAAUUGAAAGUUCGGAAGAGGAAGACGUAUCGGAGGGUAGACAGAAUGUGAUGUAUUCACCAUUUCCUUUGUUUGAGGAUUUCCAGCAAAGGGUUGAUUCGUUUUUGAAAAUGUGGGGUCACAUUGGCAACUCUGUGUUGUACUUGUUAUUCGGCAGACCUUUUAAUAUAAGAUCGAAAAUAAAAGGUUGA